AUGCAUAAGAACUAUCCAAGUGCCAUUGCCAAGGGAGAAGAGAAGAACACAGCUGAAGUUGAACUUUGUCAAAAUGAAGACCUCGUUGUAGCCGUUGGACCCAAGUUAAAGGAAGCGUUCUCGUGCAAGUUGCGUUUAUAUCAUCAAGAUAUCUUUCAACUAAUACAAGGUUCCCUUGCAGAGUUUUCAGAUAUUAAACAUGCUGCACAUGAUGGUGUAAAUUUCAGAGUAUUGAGCUUCGGUCGCGGUGAUUUGGAAGAUUUUAGUCUUAAAGGAUACGACAUUGCCGCUCAAUCCAUAGUUGAACUGAAGGACAGUUCCUAUAUUCUGAUUUUCUGGUGCAUAUAUUCUGGAUUUUCUGGUGCAUCCAAGGGAAGGCAGGAUAAAGUCGCAGAAAACUUACUCCAGACUGGCAUUUCAAAAAACCAGCUGAUUGUGAAAUCGUUUGUGAAAGACAAACAAAAAUUGAGAGGAUUGUUUUGUGCUGUCGAUCUGGCCAUCAUGCCAUCAAGAACUGAGGGGUUUGGUUUGACAGGAUUGGAGGCCAUGUCAGCUGGUCUUCCCGUUCUGGUUAGUGGAAACUCCGGGUUUGGAAAAACAGUGCGUAAACUUCCAAUGGCUGAGUCAUUUGUGAUCGACUUUGAUGACCCCAAAGAAUGGGCAAAAGCAAUUGCAGCCAUCCGUCAAAAAUCAAGGACAUAG